AAACAGGUCGAAUUAUCCCGCCACUCCAAUGCCGCCCUGUAUUUUAAAAGCGCCUUUUCUCUUUCUCUGCAAUUUGGAAUUUGCAAAUUCAUUUUUAUUUUUAUUUUUUUGCGUGCAGAUUGUUAUCUCUCAGAUUAAACCCUAAAAGGAGUCCGAUUGCAAAAUAAGGGCACGGGAGAAGAGCAGUUAUUUUCUUUUCCUUAUUUUUUGAAAAAUAGAUUGGAUUUCGAAAAUAGGGACAAAUUCUCCAAGGUGCAGCUCGCAUUAAUAAGGUUUAGGGUUAGCAGGUUUAUUAAUGUUGAAGUUUUAGGGCAAUGGGUCUUUUAUCAAGAAAUCAGGAUCUAUGUUAGUCAGUGACCAGGGGAAAGCAUACCAUGCCCGAUCAAAGCGAUUCAGUUGAAUCUCAAAAAUGUUAUGACAAACUUCCCAAUGUCAAUUGGUUGCAGCAUUUCGAUGCACAUGAUAAGUUUGCAUGUCAAAACAAGUUUCUGUGUACGAAUUUUCUGUUCUCCCUAGAAGGGCAAAAACCUCAAGGAACAAUGUUUGCACGGUUAACUUCCCGCCAGAUUCAGAAUUCCCAAAUAUUUCAGCAUACGCAGGUUGAAAAGGCUUGGAAGAUUCUUUCUAGCCUACCAGCAUCUUGCAGGACCUACUUAAAACCAGGAACAAGUGCUCCCGUUAAGCCUUCAACGGAUGAGAUUUCACAUAAUCGGAGAGGAAGAUCUACCCUUGUAGAGCUAUCAGGCAUGAAGCGGUCUGAACAUAUGCAUGUGCAUCCAAACAGCAGUGAAACUGAAAGCAAGGUCAAUGGAUUUGGAAGGUGCAUGACCAGUUCUUUUCCAUCAAAUAAUGCCAAUACCAUGGAAAGCGGAAAUAAUUUACGAGGGAACAGCGGGAUUACAACAUCGAUGUUCAGCCAUAGCAAUUCUAAAGUUUCUGGCGGAUCAUUAAAGAAUCAAACUUUCCAUGGUGUCCAACAGGAGCAGUCUGCAGAUGUUUUGGCUAAUGAAAUUGAUGAUGAUGACUUACUGAAGGAUAUUGAUGUGGAUCAGAUUGUCUCAGAACAUUAUCAGUCAACUUGUACACCUCAACCUUCAGUUUCUAAAUUUCUGCCUAUUACCCCAAGUGUCGAUAAAAAUGCUUUUGCAGGACAAGAAACUUGUUUGCCACCUGAAUUAUGCUCAAACUGCAGUCAUGGGUGUAAGUUAGGGCACUGCCCAGAAGCAGCAAGUCAUGUACAGGAAAUGAAAGACAUGUUAAUUGCCGUGUCUAAUGAAUUACUUGACAAUGCUACCAACCUGAGUCCCGAGCAGAUAGAGAAGCUUCGCCAAGAUAGGUUGCAGCUAAAUAAGCUAAUUCAGCAGCUUGAGAAAUAUCUCUCUGAUGUGGAAAGGCAAAAGUCAAAUUUUUCGGCAUCAACAGCAACUCUCAGCUUCCAAUAUGGAACACCACAAACAACAUCAUUACGCACUAACCCAAUUCAGUUUGAUACCCAGGUUCAUCCCCGUAAUGAACCAAAUGUGUAUGACAAUUGGAAUUCACCAACAGUUCCUUUCUCUUCUGUAAAUAGUUUUGGUGUUCCAUCAGGUCCUAUUGAAAGAGAACCAUACAUUCCACAGAUUAUUGACAUAAAUUAUAUUGAAGGCUCAAAUGACCAAAAGUGGAGUAGUAGAGAUUUUCCAUGGACUAGAAAGCUGGAGGCAAAUAACAAGAAAGUGUUUGGAAACCACUCGUUUCGCCCUAACCAAAGAGAGGUUAUUAAUGCCACAAUGAGUGGGUACGAUGUUUUUGUUCUUAUGCCUACAGGAGGGGGGAAGAGCCUGACAUAUCAGCUGCCUGCUCUUAUCUGUCCAGGAAUAACAUUGGUGAUUUCUCCCCUAGUUUCACUCAUCCAAGAUCAAAUAAUGCAUUUGUUGCAGGCAAAUAUACCUGCUGCUUACUUGAGUGCCAAUAUGGAUUGGAGUGAACAACAGGAGAUCCUUAGAGAGCUUACUUCUGAUUAUUGUAAAUACAAGUUGUUAUACGUUACACCAGAGAAAGUGGCUAAGAGUGAUGUCCUCUUGCGGCACCUGAACAUUCUAAAUUCACGUGACUUGCUUGCAAGGAUUGUGAUUGAUGAAGCUCAUUGUGUGAGUCAGUGGGGGCAUGACUUUAGACCGGAUUAUCAGGGCCUUGGUAUCUUGAAACAGAAGUUUCCAAAGACUCCAGUUUUAGCUUUAACUGCAACUGCAACAGCCAGUGUAAAAGAAGAUGUUGUGCAAGCUCUUGGUCUCAUUAACUGCAUCAUAUUCAGGCAAAGUUUUAAUCGCCCAAAUUUAUGGUAUUCCGUUAUCCCCAAAACCAAGAAAUGUGUGGAAGAUAUCGAUAAGUUCAUCAAAGAAAACCAUUUUGAUGAAUGUGGAAUUAUUUAUUGUCUUUCUAGAAUGGAUUGUGAAAAAGUUGCGGAGAAGUUGCAGGAAUAUGGGCAUAAGGCAGCAUUUUACCAUGGUAAUAUGGAUCCUGCACAACGUGCCUUUAUUCAGAAGCAGUGGAGCAAAGAUGAAAUCAACAUAAUUUGUGCUACAGUGGCAUUUGGAAUGGGUAUCAACAAACCAGAUGUUCGCUUUGUCAUUCAUCAUUCUCUUCCAAAAUCAAUUGAAGGUUAUCAUCAGGAGUGUGGUCGUGCUGGUCGAGAUGGUCAACGCUCAUCUUGCUUAUUGUAUUAUAGCUACAGCGAUUAUAUACGAGUCAAGCAUAUGAUUAGUCAAGGAGCUGCAGAGCAAAGCCCCUUAAUUACUGGACAUAGUCGCUUUAAUAAUUCAGGGAGGAUAUUGGAAACAAAUACUGAAAAUCUCCUACGCAUGGUUGGUUAUUGUGAAAAUGAUGUUGAUUGCAGACGUCUUUUACAGCUUCUUCAUUUUGGAGAAAAAUUCAAUUCCACACACUGCCAAAAAACUUGUGAUAAUUGUUGCAAGACUAGAAGUUCUGUCGAUAAGGAUGUCACAAAUAUAGCAAAACAACUGGUUGAACUUAUAAAAUUAACAGGCCAGCAGUUUUCAUCAUCGCAUAUUUUAGAAGUCUUCAGAGGUUCCUUAAGCCAAUUUGUCAAAAAACAUAGACAUGAGACUUUGAGCCUGCAUGGUGUGGGAAAACAUCUAGCCAAGGGUGAAGCUUCCCGCAUAAUACAUCAUCUUGUUGUUGAGGAGUACCUUUUGGAAGAUGUUAAAAAGAGUGAUAUUUAUGGAUCUGUGUCAUCAGUGCUGAAGGUGAAUGAAUCCAAGGUUAAAAAUCUCUUCUCUGGUAGUCAGGCAAUCAUAAUAAGAUUCCCUAGCACUGUAAAAGUAGGUAAACUGAGCAAACCAGAAGUGACUCCAGCGAAAGGCUCAUUGACCACAUCAGGGAAGCUAAGUCCUCCAAUAGUUGACACACCGGCCCAAUCUCAGUCCAUAGUUGACUUGAAUCUGUCUGCAAAACUAUAUUCUGCUUUGCGAAUGCUUCGAACCAUUCUUGUUAAAGAAGCUGGUGAAGGGGUCAUGGCAUACCACAUUUUUGGAAAUGCUACCCUGCAGCACAUAAGCAAAAGGGUUCCAAGAACAAAGGAAGAACUCCUCGAGAUCAAUGGCAUUGGGAAGGCUAAGAUACUCAAAUACGGAGAUCGGUUGUUGGAAACCAUUGAAGCUACCAUCAAGGAACACUACAAAGCAGACAAAAUCAGUAGUGGCAGCAGCAAUGACAGUAAUGAUUCUGCAAAGAGGAGAAGAAACACAAACGCAAACAUAGACAACGAUGACGACUUCAGUAGAAGCACUGGUCGGUCCAAGAAAAGGACAGUGGAAAGGCAGGACAAAGUUGGUAACAGUGAUAAUAAUCAUCAAUACCCUGCUGAUGAGAAUGACCUGGAUUUUGAUGAUCUUGAUUAUGUAUAUGAUGUUGAAUCGAAAGAGAACCGCCCACAGGUAGAGGUCAAUAUAAAUGGAAGGGUGCUACCUUCUUGGCCUAGAACAUGAAACAUGUGUAACAUCUCAACCAACAUUGGUUUAAUUUUGCUAAUAGAAUGUAAACUUUUUAACACUAAACCUACAUUUCUACUAACAUUUUUGUGAAAUGGCCAAGGAAUUUCAUGAGCUGCUUCAAAUAA